AUGAUGUUCUCAUCUUCUCGACCUAUGGGUCAUUAUUCUGCCCCACAGGUGAAAAUGGCCAGUAUGAAUCUGGCGAAUGUACAGAUGAAUUUGGAGAGACAGAAGAGGUUGCCGGUGAAUGCUGAAGCGUAUCUGGAUAUAUUGAAUAGAUUGUUAGAACCCCUGGCGAUCGUACAGGGUCCAAUGGGAUUGAGAACGUGGUUAGCGGAAGUUCAGUAUUUUAUGGGAUUGAUGAAACAGCGUUCGUUCACCGGGAGGCCACUAACGCCGAGAGAACGUCAGGUGUUGGUUUGGUACUCUGCCAGAUGGAGGGAGCUGCGUGGUGGACCGUGCGAUAUGGGACGUCCGGAAGCACAGAUAGUACUCAUCGCCCUAGGUGAAUUAUCCCGAUUCUAA